CCGGAUAUGGUGCAGAGCGAGCGGGAAGUUGAACCAUUUGUAAAUUACUGGCAGAAAAGUAUUUUAUGGGAAAUCAUAACAAAUGACCAACAGAGCAAAGACGAACUUUUCUUGUGAUAUUUUUGACAGUCAUACACUUGAAAACAAAGUACUUAGCCUGCUUACCAUUUAUUACAGGCACCUGGCAAGCUAACAUAUGUACGUGAUUAGUAUUCGUUUUUGGCGAGCUUUCUUGUAGAUACGGGCAGCCAGAGCCAUUUUAUUUAGAAUAAAUAAAUACGUUACCCUUCUAACGUCGUUAGCUAGAUAACGCCUCGCUAGUUUCGACUAAGGUAAGGAUGGGGGACAGGACCCUCCUGCGGGAACUAAAGCGGUGGGCGAUUGAAGAAUUUAAUCUACCACCCCAAAGUCUCCCAAACGACAACUACUUUAAAACGUUAUGUGUUGGCCCAGGAGCCUCAAUAUGGAGAUAUGUCACACAACAUAUUUUCAAUCAGAGGAAUGUCAGGGUUAUGCGUGGAAAUCUUCAGUGGUACAAAGUUCUACAAGAUAAGGAGUUAAAAAAGGUAGCGGGGCAGAGUGAUGCUGCUAAGCGGCUUGAGCUUCAGGAGCAGAUUGAGGAGCUGAGAGCUGAACUCAACCACCUGGACUCUCAAAUCAAUGGGACUGAAGCACAGCUUGUUACUGAAGAAGAGUCCAUUAACUGGAGCUGGGGAAUGGUGGAGGAGAACCAACGCAGGGAGCUGCUUUUACAGGCCUUUAAGCAGCGCUGCAUGAAUGAGCGCCAGGUUCUCUCAGAGGAUACCCGCAAGAUCAGUGGACACUCCCAGGUUCUGGAGCAGCUGUCUAGGAAGGCAGAGUUGGAGGUGGUGUUUGGAAAUGAAGCCUCCAAUAGCAGUGGGGACUAUCUCAACCCAACAGGAGCAGAGCCUCAGGUUCUGCGUAAUGUGAGAGAGCUGUGUGAUGAAAGACUCCUCUUCUUCCAGUCUUUACAAGAGAGUGAGCUGAAAAUGGCAUCCUCCACUGCCACACACUUGACUCGUGAACAGAGAACUGCAGUAUUUCAGCAUUGGUUAAGUGCUGUGGAGGACUUGUUGCGAUGCUAUCCUCCAAACCAAGUGCUGUCAGCCUUGCAGUACCUGGCCUUGGGACAGGAAAUUACAUUGCAGGAGAAGCUUGCCUCAUUGGAUGUGGCUCAUGAUGUUGCCGCAUUACGGUUUCGGUACGAGAGUAAUCACCUGUUAGACAUCUCGAAAGAAGAGAAAGAGCUACCACCCGUUAAGAGUCUUUUACAGUCAGCCUGGGAGGAGGUGGAACAGAGUCUGAUGGAACUGGCUCAAACGCGUUCACAAAUUCAACAGCUGAAGACCCAGCUUCAUGCCCGAAAGAAUGAGGCAGAGUUGGAGCUGCUUGGCGGGGAAUCUCAAACCCAAGCCCUGGCGCAGUCAGUGUUUGAGCUGGAGAUGCAGUGUGUGAUGCAGGCAGCAGUGCGAGAUGGUGUGCGAAACCAGUGUGUUGAAAUGGAGCAACAUGCCAGGGACAGACAGGAGGCCCUUCGCAACCUGCGGAGACAAUGGCAGAGCAUCACGGACUUCAGACAGCUUGUGGACGUCAGGCAGGAACAGACAAGAGGUCUGAUCAAGGGGAAUUCAACAGCUAAGACUGAACUGACUCGCAUGCACAAGGAGAUUGGCCAGUUUGUCCAGGGAAAACUGACUCCCCAGUUUGGUGAAGUUCUUUCAGCAGCCAAUAGGCUUCGCAACUCUGUGUCCCAGGAGGCCAGACAGUUUGGAAACGUGUCACUAGUAACACUUGAUCGCAGGCUCAUUGAAGGCGAGCAGAGAAUUCCAGCUGCGUGGUUAUCUAUCCAUCGCUUGCAUUCCUCGCCCUUCCACAAUCUGUGUCAAAGCAUGGCUUUUCCAAUGUACCGGGCCCCUGAGGAACUGUACUCGCAAGCUCUAUCCCAGCAUUUGGAGCUUCGCUUUCUGCGUCGUUUGCUGCAAUUUCACUCCUCCUCUUUAGCAAAUGUAGAGAAGCAAGGAGCGCUGCUACCUGCACCUGACCAACAAGCCCUCCUGCUACGUGUCCUGGAGGAAGAUAAGGAGCUGCUUCAGUCUUUGUUACCCAGGGUUUGGGAGCUCACCCAGUGCUGCUCACAGGGCCUUUCUUACGGGAAUCAGGUCAAGACUGCCAUUUCCUAUUGGUGGGAUCAGCCUUCUCAGUUUGCUCUGCCUGACAUACGUAAGGGGGGACUGACUUUUCAGCAGUGGCUACAGAGGUGGAAAUUUGCAGCCAAGGCUUCUUAAUGAGUUCCAUGGAAAAUAGACAAGUGCAUAGAUGGACAACAAUACUUGUCUAAAACUACCAUUUUAUUCCCACUAAGGUUAAUUUACUAUAUUGUUAGUUUUUCACAUCUCCUUUUUGCCAUUCAAUGUUCAAUGUAUUUCAGGCAUACUCGUUGCUGACAGGUGUAUGAAAUCGAGCACACAGCCAUGCAAUUGCUAUAGUCAAACAUUGGCAGUAGAAUGGCUCAUACUGAAGAGCCCUGUGACUUUCCAAAAAGUCAUUUUUUCCCUUCAUAUUUCUGCCCUGCUAUAGCUGCCCCUGUCAACACAGUGCUGUUAUUGUGAAGUGGAAAUGUCUAGGAGCAACAGCCCAACCGUGGUCGGCAACACAGGCUCGCAGAACAGGAUUGGCGAGUGCUGAAGUGAGUUGCGCAUAGAAAUCGUUUGCCCUAGGUUACAACACUCACUACCCAAGUUCCAAACUGCCUCUAGAAGCAACGUCAGCACAUUACUGAUCAUCGGGAGCUUCAUGAAAUGGGUUUCCAUGGCUGAGCUGCCGCACACAAGCCUAAGAUCACCAAGCGCAUUGCCAAGCGUCGGCUGGAGUGGUGUAAAGCUCGCCACCAUUGGACUCUGGAACAUUGGAAACACGUUCUCUGGAGUGAUGAGUCGCACUUCACCAUCUGGCAGUCCGACGGAUGAAUAACAAUGCUACUUGCAUGAAAGAAUAGUGUCAAAUGUAAAGUUUGGUGGAGGAGGAAUAAUGGUCUGGGGCUGUUUUUCAUGGUUCGGACUAGGCCCCAUAGUUCCAGUGAAGGGAAAUUGUAACAGCAAACUAUUCUGUGCUUCCAACUUUGUGGCAACAGUUUGGGGAAGCACUUUCCUGUUUCAGCAUGACAAUGCCCCCGUGCACAAAGAGAGGUGCAUACAGAAGUGGUUGGUUGAGAUCGGUGUGGAAGAACUUGACUGGCCUGCACAGAGCCCUGACCUCAACUCCAUCAAACACCUUUGGGAUGAAUUUGAACGCUGACUGCACACCAGGCCUAAUUGGCCAACAUCAGUGCCCAACCUAACUAAUGCUCUUGUGGCUGAAUGGAAGUCCCCGCAACAAUUUCCCAACAUCUACUGGAAAGCAUUCCCAGAAGAGAGGAGGCUGUUAGAAAAAAGGGUGGGACUAACUCUAUUAAUGCCCAUGAUUUUGGAAUGAGAUGUUCGACAAGCAGGUGUCCACAUACUUUUCGCUGUGCCGUGUAUAUCACAAGUAAAUUGCUGUUGUCUUUAUGCCAUUAAAUCAACUUUGCCUGCACUUUAUCUUUUUCUUAAAGAGUUUGACUGUUAAACUCAAUCACAAAUGUAAUCCUAUUUGAACAAGACCAUUACGUUAGUAGUUAUAUCAUCAAUACAUACACAAGUAAAUAGAGGAGUAGAUUGUUGAAAUAAAUUAGCUUGUUAUUCCAUAAAUAGAACCACUUUGUCCAUGGUAUGGUUUUUCUCAGUCUGGAUGG